AUGAAGACAUUAUCCAGGCCAGAUAUCAUCCUGAGAGACGAAAAACGCAAGACAAUGACAAAAGCAUAUAUGGCUGUUGCCUACGAGGACUACAAGAAGAACUCACUUGGCACAGUCCGCAUCGACAAAGAAGAGAAGUACCAAAUCUUCAAGACACACUAUGGAAAGCGGGACUAUCGGAAGACCGUGGAGACACUAGUCUACGGAUCCUUAGGCGUCAUUGCACAGGAGAAGAAAAAGGUGCUUUCACAGGAGCAUGGCAUCAGCGAAGAAUAG